AUGCGAUCGUCGCUGCUCCUCCUCCCCCCACACGCAGCAGCAGCGCACGGCACCUCGCCUCCGCCUCCCAGUCCCAGGCGCUGCAUGGGCAAGGCCUUCUCCCUCCUGCGCCCGGAGCCACAGACGCAGGGAGAGCCGGGGGAGGGGAUGGCGAUGGAGCUGAGGAAGCGCCCGCGGCCGCGGCGCCUCGACCCCGACUUCGUCUCGUCGCCGCCGCCCACGUCGCCCAGGAAGCGGCCGCGGAAGCAGGACGCGGAGAGGAAGCAGCCACGGCGGCCCGCGGCAGCGAGGAGGCAGCCAGCGCCGAGCAAGAGGGCCAGGUGCGCGCAGCAGGGCAUCGGGAGCCCCGUCGCCGGGCUCCAGCCUUCCAGGUGCUGCAGGAUCGUGGCGCCGCUGUCGCGCGUCUCCUUCAUCCCCCGCUCUCGCGUCCCCUUCAACUGGUAUGAGCCGGACAUCUGGACGGAGGUGGCCAAGCACCUGCACGGCGCUGACCUGCUGAGGCUCUCCGCCACCUGCCUCUGGUUCUUCCGCCUCCUCUACGAGGACUCCAUCUGGCGCUACGCCUUCCUCCGCGACCUCUCGCUCCACACCAACGAUCCCAAGAUGCUCAGGCUCCUCCAGGUUCCCCGCCCGUUCCACCGCUCCUGGCGCCUCCUCUACGCCACCGCCUUCGACGAUACCCAUGCAUACUGCUUCCGUCAGCCCGAGAAGCACAUUGAGUGGUUUCGCAUUGGUGGAUUCCUGAUGGACACGCCGAAGCUGCUGCUGACGGCGAAGCUGGCACUGCCACCGUGGAGGCCGAUCCUGGAUGAUGGCCCGGAGAUCUCCAUCGGAUUCAUGGGAGCCUGCUUGCUCACCAACGUCCGCCCCGGGAUCUGGAUCGCUGAUAUGAACAUGGUGCGAUGCCCCGUGUGCAACCUCAACAAGUGCGAAGGGACGAUGCAGGUUCUGGACGCGCGGCACUGCGAGCUGUACCUGGAGAACAAGUUCAGGGAUGGGACCUGGGAGUAUGAGGACCUCGGCAGUCACUUCAGCAAUGAGAAGCUGGAUACUGCCGCUGCUGCCAUCUUCAACUACGACUACAUCGAUUCCCCAUGUGUCAAAAAUAUUCUCAACUCCAAGUCUUGGAUCCGGGAUCGCACCAACCUGCUGCCCAAGGGAUGCUUCACCCCGGUCGCUGUCGCCCUCAGCAGCAACCUCAAGCCCAACGAAGGGUUGCUGUCGAGGUUCCAGGCGAUGCGGGACAUGUCGAGGGGCGGGCAGAUCGUGUCUGUCAGGAUCACGCAGCAGCUCCUGUGAUUCGUUCGUGCUUGGUUCAUCUCUGGCUGGGUUCCUUGAUGCCGCGUUGUGGAAAUGUGUUAAUGCCUGGUAUUUAGUUUGCUCUGAUGCUAGUGCUGACAGGGGGAUAGUCACAAAGGAAGGGGUACAGCGGGGUAGAUAAAUUCCAUCGCAAAAAAAAGAGAGAAGUAGAGUAAUUAAAUCGGCGUUUAGAAAACGAAAAUAGGAAAUUGCACAAAUGGAGCGGGCUCUCUGUUGUUUGUUUUAUCGGUCAAUGUUUAAUGCAGUAUGUUUGUACUUCGUCGAAGAGCUGCGCAAUUUUUUGAGCAUAUAUAUAAAUAUAUAUAGCACCAUGUGGAUUAUUCGAGCUUACCUUGGUAUUGGUAUGUACUGGGUUUACUCUGUUUA